AUGUUCAAUGAGCUAAAUCCGGGUAUUGUGAGAACCGAAAUCGAAGCACCUCACUUUGAGCUCAAGCUCGUCAUGUUUCAAAUGCUCCAAAUGGUUGGUCAAUUUGGUGGGUCGCCAACGGAAGAUCCUCACCUCCAUUUUCGCUCAUUUUUGGAGGUGAGUGACUCUUUCAAGCUACAAGGAGUAAGUGAAGAGGCUUUAAGAUUGAAUUUGUUCCCAUUUUCCUUGAGGGAUCGGGCUAGAGCAUGGCUUAGCACUCUUCCUCCCAAUUCGGUGACUAAUUGGAAUGACUUGGGUGAAAAAUUCUUGAGAAAGUACUUUCCUCCAACAAGAAAUGUAAAGUUUCGAAGCGAGAUCAUGUCCUUUCAACAAUUGGAAGAUGAGACUACUAGUGAUGCAUGGGAAAGAUUCAAGGAGUUGUUGAGGAAGUGCCCACACCAUGGUAUUCCUCAUUGUAUCCAACUUGAGACAUUUUACAAUUGUCUCAAUGCGGCAUCUAGGAUGGUGUUGGACGCUUCGGCUAAUGGAGCCAUUCUUUCCAAGUCUUACAAUGAAGCUUUUGAGAUUUUGGAAAGGAUAGCUAGCAACAACUAUCAAUGGUCAACUAAUAGAGCUCCUACAAGUCGAAAAGUAGCGGGUGUUCUUGAAGUAGAUGCUUUGACCUCUCUCACCGCUCAAAUGGCCUCAAUGAUCAACAUUUUGAAGAAUAUGAAUAUGGGAGGAAGUGUACAACCAGUCGCUGCCAUUCAAAGGGCAGAAAUCUCUUGUGUGUAUUGUGGUGAUGGGCAUACUUUUAAAAAUUGCCCUUCAAAUCCAGCUUCAGUUUGCUAUGUGGGCGCAAGUUCAAGUGGAGCACAAGCACAAGGAAAGCAAUCAUUUCCACCGGGUUUUUCUCAACAACCUCAUCAACCUCAAGGCUCUCAAACUAGUUCUUUGGAGAGCUUAAUGAGAGAUUAUAUGGCCAAUAAUGACGCUGUAAUUCAAAGCCUGGCAGCUUCUCUUCGGAAUCUUGAAGUUCAAUUGGGGCAAUUGGCCAAUGAUUUGAAGAAUAGACAACAAGGCACUUUGCCUAGUGACACCAAAAACCCAAGAAGAGAUGGCAAAGAGCAUUGCAAAGCGGUAACCUUGAGAAGUGGAAAAAUUCUUGAGUCAAAUGUGGCUACAACAGGCAGUAAGGAGCCCUCUUCAAUGCAAAAAGAGGGGGAAAUGAACAAAAACCAACAAUUUCAGCUGUUGAAAUUCCCCCAGUAG